AUGCAGACUACGCCGAAGAAAAACAUUCUCUUUCAUCAAUACAGUGCACCAGUUCACAAAUCGGUAAAAGCAAUGGCAAAAUUGAACGAAUUGAGGUAUGAAUUGCUGCCACAUCCGCCGUAUUCUCCAGAUUCGGCCCCGUAUGACUUCUACCUGUUUCCAAAUCUCAAACGAUGGCUCCGGGGAAAGAGAUUUGCUUCGAAUGAAGAGGUCGAAUGGGAAACAGACGCAUAUUUUGGCGGUUUAGAAACUUCUUAUCAUUUAGAAGGCUUAAAGAAGCUAGAAACUCGGUUGGACUCGGUGUAUGAGCUAAAAGGAGAUUAUGUUGAAGAAUAA